CUUAGGAUGACCGGUCCCUUUUAAGCACUUUAUCUUUCUUUCGUUUUGUUAGAGAGUGACUUCCUUUGAGAAAAGGAGAAGUAACUACCGUUUUAUGUGUUAGGCAAAUCUCCAGCAAAAUACAGUAAAUCACAUUGACACAAUAAGCCAAGCAUAAAGGAAGCUAUGAAAAAAGAAGCAAGCUCAGGAAAAAGAUGACUCAAUCAAACAUCACUAUCAUGGGUGAGGUUAUUACGAUUCCUGGAAAAUUCGGGGAAAACGUCGGGGUUUCUUGUGACGAAUUUGGCUACAUUUUAUUCCUCAUAGAUGAUUCAUAUUGGCAACAUCACUCCAUGAAUAUUUAGGUUUUAUUUUUUGCCUCAGAGACGCUUGUCAUACAUUGCAGUCAUGACUUCUAAAAACUAUUUUCCAAAUACCCUUCAACAGAAAAAGAUUUAUCACUACAACCAAAGUGCCAUUUUCUCUUGCACUUUUCUUCCUUUUACAGUGCUUCUGUUGUCCUUCCUCACUGCAGUAGCACUAUAUAACAUAAUUGUGCUGAAAGCAGAACUGGCAAGCCUGCGAGCUGAACUACGAUCUUACAGACGCCAUUCUGAACAUCAGAAUUCAGUUCCUAUAGUAUUGGAGCAUGAUGGCUCUGAUGGAAUGAAAAGACAUAUCACAGCAGAAGCCACACUGAAAGAAAAAAUUGCAGCAGACAAGGUUAUAAUGAAAAACCGCUCAAGAAGAUUUGUUUCUGGAACUCAAGAACAAGUCUUCCAUUCUUGCUUACAAUUAAUUGCUGAUACAACAAAACAAGUUGAAGAUGAAGAUGAUUCAAGUAUCAUACCGUGGCUGCUAAGCUUUCAACAAGGGACAGCUUUGGAGGAAAGGCAAAAUAAAAUAUAUAUCAAAGAAACUGGUCAUUUUUUCAUAUAUGGGCAGGUUUGGUUCACAGAUAAAGUGUUUGUAAUGGGCCAUGUAAUACAAAGAAAAAAGGCCCAGAAAGUGGGUGAUGAUCCCAGUUUAGUGACAUUAUUUAAGUGCAUUCAGAAUAUGCCACCUUCUCAUCCAAAUAAUUCAUGCUUUACAGCUGGUAUUGCAAAAUUAGAAGAAGGAGAUGAAAUUCAACUUAUCAUACCAUCAAUGAAAGCAAAGAUAUCACUGAGUGGAGAAGGCACAUUUUUUGGAGCAAUUAAAAUUUUGUGAGCAAAAGCAGACUUGCCCAACCAGCAAUAGUUUCUUUUUUUUCAGAAAAUCUUUGCAAAAAACAACAACACUCAAAUGGUGCCUGUAAUCAUACCAGGGGAUUUUUCAUUAUUGUUUUCUAAAUGAGAUAGUGAGAGAACAAUGUAUAAUUCAGUCCUUUUGCAGGGUUCUACCUCCCUUCUAUAAGGGGGCUUCUAAUUCUGUUUUCAUUUUUGCCUUGUCUAUAG